ACACGCACACACACACACACACACACAAACACACAAAAAUAUAUUAUACAUUCACCCUCCUUCCUCAUAUAUAUAUAUAUAAAAUUAAAUACACGUUAUUAACGUGAAAAGACUUAAAACACUUGCGAAAGGAUUAAGGAAUGAUAUCUUGACACCUUUUAAUUCCUGUUAGAUCUGUUUGCAUCCGUCACUCGUUUCAAAUCCAUCCAUAGACGUUUAGUAUAAACUUUUAAGAGAUACAAAUACGCGCACGCGCACAAACGCAGGCGCGCGCGCACACACAUACACAGACAGCCAUAUGCUAUACAUACGAACGUGACUGACAGCACGCCUAUACAUCCAUGCGAGCAACAGAUAUAUAUUUUGCUGUCUGCCUAUCAGACUACAUUUGGGAGUCCGACGAUUUGUUGAAAGAAGUUGUCCAGUGCAAGAGUCGAUGGCUAUGUAAGCACUGACGUAAGAGACCAAUGUUUUUGGUUAGAAGCAUCGGAUUUUCCACAGUUGUCAUAUACAGCUUUUUGAUAAUCUGCUGUGCCGUUGUCAGCAAUACACUUCCAUUUGAGACUUUACCGAACCUGGGCCAGCCCUCUACGGUCAAUGUCGACCCUUUGUUCAAUCUAGAGAGAACAAAUAGCUCUCGGUUGUGGCAAUGGGUAGACGCUACCCCACCUUCCAUGCGUUCUUCACAAAAACAACUAAUUUCUACUGGUUUUCACAGGCGGAAUUUCAAGAGGAACUUCAAAGAAAUUCUCUAUUCUGCCAUCAAACAAAAUCGUCACAGAAAACCGAAGAACACGCCAGGUGAUAGCAAGAGCAUCAAAAACUUCAAGUCACAUCCCAGAAGUGCUAAACAUAAGCGACCUCACCGGAGUGCUAUUACGUCAACGGCAUAUUAUCUUGAAACAUCUCAAAAAGGCAACAAAAAUGGGGAACGAAACGACCGUGAGGUUAACAGUCUGGAAAACACAAUGGAUGGCUAUAAAUACAACACCAACAACGAUCGACGAAAUGGCAAGCAGGACAUAUUUAGGGAUCUAUUCGGGCAACCGGGAACCUUCUAUAUUAGAAGAGGUGAACAAUCCCGGAUGCCCUCAACAAAUACUCGACAGGUGCCGGGUGCACAGAUUACUUCAACUACUACAACUGUUAAUUCAAGCACACUAAACUAUGUGAGUAACAGCGAUGUUAAUUAUACUGCUAACUACCACAAGACAUCACCCUUGCGUAGGGAUACCACACCAAUAUCCCUGCAGCAUACGGAUGUAACACCAGUGUCUAAAUUGUCAACUAUUAUUUCUCUUUUCAACGAGCGUAAACAUGGGAAGAAGAAACGUUACAAGCACCACCAACAUAAACAUCAUCAUCGUCGACGUAGAAGACGGGGUCGAAGGCAGGUUUCGAAACGCAAACCCCGUCGUUUAUACGGUAGUAGUUUAGACUACUGGGUCAAUGCAGCUGAUCGUAGACACCGCAUUCAGAAUACCACCAGUAACGUGAAUAAUAAAACCCGUAUUGGCCGUUUAAAAAUCCGAAAUCAACUUGGUUUUAAUGGGACUUUGAAAAGCAGUGACAUUUAUCAUCGCAACUAUGACACUAGUGACAACGAAACCUUUAACGCUCUGUGGUCCCAAGUAAACAGCACCCGGUACACUGUGACAUCAAACCUCAUAUCAAAUAGAUCAGAACAACUACACGAGCAAAAACAACAGGAACAUCAACAACACUCACAACAACAACAACCGCAGCUGCAAUUUCAACAAAACAAUAGUAUUAUCGGCAAUACACGUCAUACGAGCGAAGUAUUACCUGCUGGAGGAGAAUCAAAAUGGCUGAUUCAUACAUUGAACGCUGUUGAGUCAGAUAAAAACGUUAACAAUUACAAUACGGAUUUACGAAAUGAUCGGAUCAACGAUUUUACCAAGGUGGAUAUGUUACCCAACUACCUGUCUCCUAAGGUAGACACCCAUUCUGAAUCUAUAUUCUCUGUGUCACGCUUCAAUAAUUCAUCCUUGUUUCCCUCUCGGGCGCCAUCUUUAUUGUCCCUUAUCUUUCCACGGACUGCUACCUUAAAACAAUAUUCGGCGCCACCAUCUUUCUUGCAACUGUCAAAUCAAUCAAAUUCACCAACAUCUUUAUUAUCGUCAUUAUCAUCAUCAUCAGCGUCAUUAUUAGCAUCUUCAUCAUCUUCUUCUUCCUCUUCUUCUUCCUCUUACUCUUCAUUUUUCCCUUUGUAUCCGGGUCACCACAUCAGUGUUGUGCCAGAGUCAGACGCCACAAACUUGGGUGGCAACCACCCACAAAAGGUGUUGAUACCUCACACUAGCCGGAAAAUGCCACAGGCUCUCAUAAUAGGUGUUAAAAAGGGUGGGACUCGUGCCGUGCUGGAAUUCUUACGAUUACACCCGGAUGUACGAGCACCUGGUCCUGAACCUCAUUUCUUUGACCGACACUACCACAACGGAUUAGAAUGGUACAGGAGUUUAAUGCCGAGGUCUGAAGAAGGUCAACUCACCAUCGAGAAAACACCAAGUUAUUUUAUAACGAAAGAGGUCCCAAGAAGAGUGUACCAGUUCUCCAAACAUCUCAAGUUGAUUGUGGUAGUGAGGGACCCCGUUACUCGGGCUAUAUCUGACUACACACAGGUGGCCAGCAAGAAGAUGGAUUCGCGUAGCUUCGAGGAAAUGGUGUUUGUUGAUAACACCACCCGUAUUGUCGACACCCAGUGGAGUCCUGUCCGCAUAGGCGUCUAUGCUAAACACCUGAAACAUUGGCUUCAGUAUUUCCCACUGGAACAAAUGCAUUUCGUGAGUGGUGAACGUCUUAUUGAAAACCCUGCUGAUGAGAUGUUGAAAGUGCAACAGUUUUUGGGGCUCAGACCUGUUAUAAACCACAAACAUUUUUACCUGAAAUCCAGGAAAGGAUUUCCUUGUAUCCUCAAACCUAACAGACAAAAAGGUAGCCACCCUCACUGCUUAGGUGAAACUAAAGGGCGUAUUCACCCCAAUAUUGAUCCUUCAGUGAUACGGAGGCUUAGGGAUUUUUAUAAGCCCUUCAAUAUAAAGUUUUAUCGCAUGGUUAAUCAAGAUUUUGGGUGGGUAUGAUAGUAAUAAUCUUUUUAUUCCAACCUUUGUAUAAAAAGGAAGCUUAACGUAUUGAAUCAAAAUAUAGGAAAAACAAACAACUAAAAGUGAUUAAUUAAACAAAAACAAAAUAUUAUUCAAUAAAAUCCUGGAAAAAUGUAUUAGACAAAAAUACUAUUGACUUGAUCAAACAGUGUGUUGGAUUAAUUAAUAUAUCUAUAAGGUGCUUUAAGAUUAAGUAAUUAAUAUCAAUAAUGCAUAAAUAAUACUAAGAAUAACAAUAAGAUUUGCGAACAUAAUAAUACAACUUUAUUUCUCACGUUUGGAAAUAAAAGAGAAAUUAUCUUUA